AUGCAGACACUUUCGUCCAAUAGAAGAAAUCGAUCAGUAAAUGAUGGAACGGCAAGAAGAACCUCGUUGAAAGAAGAACAGCAGUUGAAAAUAAAGGAGUCUAUCGCUGAUGUCCUUACUAAACAUUCAUUUCUAUUGAAGUUGAGCUCGGCACUGGUCUGCUACGGUGCCCCAGCUCAUCGUAUCGAGGAUGCACUAGAUACCAUGAGUGAGGUGCUUGAAAUCAAAGCGUCAUACGCGUAUUCGCCAGGCAUGAUGAUGAUCUCCUUUGUAGAUAUGGCUACUCGAACCAGCGAAACUCACCAUGUUCGCCAAAGUGACGGUUUCGAUCUAUACCGCUUAGAACUGGUAUACCAUCUUAUGCGCAACCUUUGUUACGACAAAAUCACCGUCAAUGAGGCGUAUCGAGACUUAGAAACCAUCAUGAAGCGUCCACCAUAUCACUCGCGACCUGUAUACCUUUCCAGCUACAGUAUCUCUACCGCUCUGGUGGCAGCAAUCGCAUUUCGAGGAAGCUGGUAUGAUGUUUUGGCAUCCGCUGCAGGCGGUACUAUCUGUGGUGUACUGUCUUUAUUAUCAGGAAGUCGGUUCACUACCUUUAGUAACGUAUACCAAGUACUGGCAUCUUUUUUGGUCGGAUUAUUAGCUAGAGGUCUACAUAAUUAUAUUUGCUAUCAGGUCGUAAUCCUCUCUUCCCUCGCUGUUCUACUUCCUGGUUUCCAGCUUACAUUAAGUUUGAUGGAGAUUACUAGUAGAUCUGUUAAUUCCGGAACAACCAGAUUGCUUUCUGCCGUCAUGGAUGCAUUAUUUCAAGCUUUUGGAGCUUGGAUCGGCAUAUCCGCUGUCAAUGCGUUAGAACCAGGUGUAGCACUCAACACUGCAAAAUGUUUUGUACCCAUCAAUCCUUGGUUUUACUUCCUUGUCUUUCCACCGCUUUCUAUGGCAAUCAAUGUGCAGUUCGGUGCUAGCUGGAGACACAUGCCAAUCUGUGUCGUUGUCAACGCAGCGGCAUUUGUCGUGGUAUAUUUCAUGUCAAGCGUCACUACAAGUAGUGUUCUACCCGUUGGUGUAGCAGCGUUUGUGAUCGGCUUAAUCUGUAAUCUUUAUGGAAAGUUCACGAAUCACCUGGGAUUCGUUCCAGUCAUGGGCGCAGUGCUUAUCCUUGUGCCUGGAAGUGUUGGUGUUAGAGCGGCAUUGACUAUGCUCAUCAAUAAUCAGCUGGAACUAGGGUUUGAAUUUGCGUUGCAAAUGAUCUUGGUUGCCUCAGGUAUCACUGUGGGUCUGUUCGCAUCCACCUUUAUAUGCCAUCCUACUGGUAAAAGAUCCGUACUGCUUGCCUUCUAAGCAAGAUAUCACUAAAGUAAACUAGAUUGUAAUUUUUAGAGCCUAACAGCAUGUGUCUGACAUUUUGUAAAAACCCCUUUAUCUAAUCAAAACGGUACAAUGUAUUAUGGUUAUAUUUGUGUGUUCAUGCUGGUUUUUUUUUGGGGGGGGGGAGGGGAAUCGUCAUGCUAUCAUGACGAGUUAGAGAUCUCGUCCUUAUUCUCAUGCUUCUUCUCGUCCACUUCAUCUUCGGUCACCGAAAACCCACGAAUAAGCAAGUUGAAAAUAGAUCCGAAGAACAGAGCAAUGACAGUGCAUGUCAAUGUAAUGACAUUGUAAGGCAUACUAAAGUCAGGCGUAGGCAGACUAGCAAGUAGGAUCUCAGUAUAAACUUUGAUGUUCUGUCUUGUAGGCGUAUCUCUG